UUCGCGUUCUGGACCAACACCUCAUUGAGGGCGCUGUUUCUAAAAGGGCUACGAACGAUAUGGGUUUAUUUUGACACUGUGUUUUGUAAGGGUUCUUUGAAUGGUUUUACAGAGUCAAAAAUUUCAUCAAGUCAAGCUUAUGAUUUGAGGGUCCUUGUUAGUUUGGAAUACUGCCCUCCCUUGAACCGGUCAAUGCUGGUUGCUAGGCUACAACAAGGCUUGCUCCGUCUCCGCACCGUCCUGCCGAAAUUCAAAAUGGCUGACGCCAUUCCCAAGGAGGCCACAGCAGUUGCCAAGGUGACACAAUCACCGGAGGACAGCCAGGCAUCGAGCGGUAACAAACGUCCAUUGGAAUCCAUGGAACAGAUCGGUUCUGUUUCCUCUGUAGCCACAGCCACUUCUGCAGCCACCACGCAAGCCGAUACCGCAGCCACAACAUUAGCCACGACUGUAGCCGUUACAGAAACUACUCCCAUAGCCACUGUUGCGGCUACUCCAGUAACCACUGUCACAGCCACUACCAUAGUCUCUUCUGAAGCUACUGCAGUAGCUGUUGCUGCUUCUACUGAGGAGCCUGCACCCAAAAAGCUCAAAACCGAGGAUGACAGCAGCAAUGCAAGUCCCCUCAAAAUCGUCAAGAGGAAGGUUGCCAUGUUGCUUUCUUACUCGGGAGUUGGCUACAAGGGCAUGCAGAAAAAUCCUGGGGAGAAGACGAUUGAGGAAGACUUAGCCCACGCUUUGCUGAAGUGCCAAGCCAUCACUGAGGAGCAGGCCCAGAACUUUGGCAAGAUGGCCUUCCAGCGCUGCGCCCGGACUGACAAAGGGGUCUCGGCAGCAGGGCAAGUUGUGUCUCUCAAGAUGAAGAUAUUUGACAACGUGGUGGGAAGGAUCAAUGAGUAUCUACCGCCGUGCAUUAGGGUCAUGGGAAUCAAGCGAACCACUGGCAGUUUCAACUCUAAAUACAACUGUGAUUUCCGCACCUACAUAUACAUGCUCCCCACCUUUGCUUUUGAGCCAAUUGAGGAGAUCACCACAGAGAGUUACAGAGUCACAGAGGAGAAGUUGCAAGAGGUGAAGGAACUUUUGAUGUUGUACAUUGGGACUCACAACUUCCACAACUUCACAUCUGGAAAGCUCUUCAAGGACCCAAGCGCCUAUCGCUACAUCCGAGAGUUCACCUGUGACGAACCCUAUAUAUACGAGGGCUUAGAAUUUGUCAUUCUCAGGGUGAGGGGUCAAAGUUUUGUGCUCCACCAGAUCAGGAAGAUGAUUGGACUAGUGAUUGCCAUUGCUAAGGGCUUCGCUCCUAAGGACACCCUGGAGAGGGCAUUUGGAGAGGACAAGUUAGACAUUCCAAGAGCCCCUGGCCUAGGCCUGGUCCUGGAAUCGGUUCACUACGAUGUUUACAACCGGAGGUGGGGUAGCGACGGAAUGCACGAAGCGCUCACGUGGGACGAUUGUAAGGAUGACUUGGAGGCGUUCAAGAAGGAACAUAUAUAUCCAACCAUUGUCAGCACAGAGAAGAAGCAGAGAGCCAUGAUGCAAUGGCUGAGCACUCUUCCACUACACACCUACGACGUCAUCGAAACACCCAACCCCUACCGCGGAUUAGCCUCGCACAUAGAGAAAGACAGACGAGAGAAAAAGGAGAGACUAAACAUGUCGAGUGCCAACUCCGGAAACAAGGAAGAGCGCCCUCUAGAGUCAGCCUCAUCCAGCCACCGUGCACAGGGGGACGGUGGCCCAGAGGUGACAUCCACCACCGGUCAAGAGCAGUCGCAUCAGGUCGGUGGCCCAGACGGGACAUCGGUGGAGGACAAGCAUGAAGCUGAAUGUAAAACCUCUUCAUCAGAAGUGCAGCCUGCAGGUCAUUCAGUCGAAACGCAAGAUAGAGUGCCGAUGGAAACAGGCAAAGCCAAUGAGACUAGAGAAGAGAUUUCAAGCACGUCAAAAGGUCCUGACCCUGGAAUUGGCACAACUUAAGACCAAUUUUGGACAAGGAAUCCAAAAUUUGUUUCUUUUUUUGUUUUUUAUCAUAAGAUGCACAAUUUCCCUUCUUGUAUCAAAGAAAAAGCAAAGUGCGAAAUUAAAUGAUAAAAGUUAAGCUGUUUAGGAGCAUGCAGUAUUGGCGUCAUGCAGAAAACCUGUCUUUAUUUGCAUAAAUAUAGUUGGGACAAGAAAAGAAGAUAUUAAGAUCCUCAUUUGAUUAUCAUGAUAACUAAAGAAAAAAUUGUAGAGUAACUGUUUCCAGACCCAAUGCAAACUAAAAACCAUGGCAUUUUUUAUGGAAGCGCUGCAGCUGAUUUCAUGAAACAGUGUGCAACUCACUGUAGCGCCCUCUGCUUGUAUUGAGUUUUUAGUGAAUAUAUACGAUGUAAUACAAUGAAGUUCAGCUUUUAUGACGUCUGUCUGUGUAUGAUUUCUAUUUGAUCACAAAGCAGUCGUUGGAUCACCUCCGCCUACCACUUUGGAAAUACAUUUGUCGGACUUUUCUUCCGAAUCAUGCAGAAACUCUGAAAAUUCUUUCAUGGGUAAAAUAGUAAUACAUGUACACUUACUGCAAACACAAAUCUGUGACUCUCUUGUAUCAACCUAGUUAAAUUUAGCCAGUAACAGUUCAUUUUCAGUCCCUGUACCAUAACUUACACCACCUACGAAAUGAUUGCGUAAGUUACCCCUUAAUUCUGUACAUAAGUUGCGCAAGUCACAACUUGCACACUGAAACUUUCUUGAAAUGCAUCAUUAAAAAAUGUUGAGCAAAAGGAAAUGUGCAAGUUACCCCUUAAGUUUAUGCGUAAGUCGCAGUCUUACUCUGAAACUUUUCUGAAACACGUCAUCAAAAAAAUUUGCAACGUGAAAUGUGCAACAUAGGCAAUAAAUAAUGGCACAAGUUUACGCGAUCGCAUAAAGUUUGUGAAAUCGGCUACCGCUGGUAACCCACCACUAAGACACAUUCGAUAACAAACAAUCUUUGAGGCAGAACAAAUGGUAUUAUAUUUGACCUGGUUUUAAUAACAGUUUCAGAAGCACAUUUGAACAAUAAUUAUUGGCCUUAUAAUUUCAUAUUUUGGUUUUUUUUUCUCUGAAAAACACUGACACAGGAUGCUGUAAAUAUUUAAAAGCCUUUUUUUGUUUUCUUUUUGUAAACAAACAAUAAAAAAAGUAAACACAUUUCAACAAUUGAAGACAUGA